GUUGCUCAUAUUCCUGGUGCUCUCUUCUUUGACAUUGACGGGAUUUCAGACCGAACGACAAAUUUACCACAUAUGUUGCCAUCAGAAGAAGCCUUUGCUGCUGCUGUUUCUGCUCUUGGCAUCGAGAACAAAGAUGAUGUGGUUGUGUAUGAUGGGAAGGGGGUUUUUAGUGCAGCUCGUGUUUGGUGGAUGUUUCGGGUAUUUGGCCAUAAUAGAGUGUGGGUUUUAGACGGAGGCCUGCCACAUUGGCGAGCAGCGGGAUAUGAUGUUGAAUCUAGUGCUUCUGGUGAUGCUAUUUUGAAAGCUAGUGCUGCCACUGAAGCGAUAGAGAAAGUGUAUCAGGGACAUGCGGUUGGGCCAGUUACAUUUGAGACAAAGUUUCAGCCACAUAUUGUCUGGACUCUUGAUCAGGUUGGCUCUCUUGUUUAUGAAAAUAUGCUGCUUUUG